GUGGAGAGACUAAUUAACAGCAAAGUCGAAGAGGACGGGCACGUGACGGCCGUCGUCGUCCUGUUUGUCAUCAUCGUUGUCAUCACAGCUCAUCAUCAUCAUCAUCAUCCUAGGCAUCCGCAUCACAUCAUCUUACAUCGCCACGUGGCAGCCUGUCAAGAAUGAAGGUCAGACUGCGAGGAGCAUCGAUGGAGGCCUCGGGCCCCUUUCGGCUAGUCGUCGGGGAGAAGGUGGAGGUGCGGAUGCUGGAACGGGGUUUGCGAGGAUCAUGGCAUCCCGCAAUUGUGACAGACGCUAGCCCGUCCAAAAGGGUGGUUGAGUACUUGGAGCUGCUAACGAGUGAUGGAAAGGAAAAGCUCAGCGAGAUUAUAAAUGUACGGUUCGAUGAGUUGUGGGAUGCACAAUACAAUGGGAAGCCUGUGAAGCUCGAGAAGAGAGGCAGGCGUGGGCGAGUUCGGCUGCGGCCUGUGCCGCCUCAUGUGGACUUUGAGGCCCAUGAACAAGUAGCAGGGUGCCAGGUUGACGUUUUAUUCGACGAUGCAUGGUGGGAGGGAGUCCUGCAGGAGGACGUUGGCAACCCGGAGAAUAUGAGUGUCCUUGUCUCCUUCCCUGAUGAAGGCGAUUUCCAAUUUAUACCCUUUAGGCAUAUGCGAAGGGGUAUGGAUUGGGAUCCCGUUGAAAACCGUUGGAUGCCCCGACCACGGAUUCCCCCCAAUGAGUUGGCAGUCAUAAUGGAAGGGUCCCUUGCCACCAUGGCGAGGGCGUCGGGAGGAAGAUCUCGCCAGUCAAAGCCUUCUCUCCCACCUAUCUCUGAUGAUGGAGAUGUGUCGCUGGUCGGAGAGAUGGCUGCCCGUCCUGCUACGGCGACAGCAGCUCCUUCGGAUGCCCGUGCUGUUGGCAACACCCUCUUAGUUGAGGAUAUCGGUGCGGCGGGGGAUGUGGUUGCAGAUUCGUCAGGACUGGAUGGGGAAGAAGUCGCCUUAGUAAGUGAGAUGGCUGUGGGUGGUGCUGCAUCGACAUCGACUCUUGAUGGGGAGGGGGACGACACCUCGUCAAAUGGGGAGGCAAGCUCCGAGGAGGAGGGGAAGAAGAGGAAGGGUGUGGAAAUGGUGACGGUGGUGAUGCAGAAACAGUCAAAAGGAGCACGGGCGCAGAUGACGAAGAAGAAGGGUAGUAAGAAGAACCGAGGGAAGGGUGGGGUUGGGCCCGCCAAGGCCUCUGGGUUGGGUAAGGGGGCAAAAAAGGGGGCAGUGUUGAAGAAAGGAAAGAAGAAGAAGAAAGAGAGAAGGCCGAGGGAAAGGGAAUCCUUGCGUGUCCGGUUGCAGAAUCAGCAGCAGCAGCAGCACUCAGAGGUGGUGACAAGAAAGGCAGCAGGAGUUACUGCUUCCAAGUCUCAGAAGGCCCAGAAGAAGCAGCAGAACAAAAAAAAAAAGAACAAAGCGGUGCAGGCAAAUAGAGUGGUUAUUGUGGAUGAAGAUGAAGAUGAGGAGGGUUGGGAGGAUCUGGGCGAGGAGAGUGAAGAGGAGGAAGACGGACGACCUCGAUCAGAGGGCCGAUGUGCGAUGCGCAAAGUACAGAAGCAGAAGAUGGUGACAGAGCUGGACAACGAGGUCAGGAGUGAAGACGGCGGGGCUGCCGGGGGUGGGGAGGUGCUUGUCCUGGGAGGAAGCGGAUCAGAAAGUACAUGUGGGUUGGCGGCAACACCACUUGUGGGCAAUGCAGAUUGCUUGGAAAAGCGCGGAGAGGGAAGCGACGCCUCUACCGUACUGAGUCAACAACGCAGCAGUGGAGGCGGAGAAGCAGCAGGAGCAGCUGCGCCAGCAGCAGGAGUAGCAGAAGAAGGACAAGGAGGGGCAGGAGUAAAAUUAGGAAGUGUGGCAGGGGAGGAAACAAGAGCGGAGGAAGGGAUGGAAACCGGUGUUGAAGGGGUGGAACUGGGUGUUCACAGGAAUGACAGUGGUUGUACCCCUUCUUUGAUGGUGGAGUGCCAGGCGUCCCCGAGCAGUGCUGUUGUUUGUGGGAGUGAGGGGAUGCGAAAUGCAGGAUUGGCUGGGGUCAACGUGGAGAGGGAGACAACUACUGAACCCCCUGGUCAGAGACUCAGCUCUCCCUUACUCCCGUCGACUGCCAAAGAUCCUUCUGUGGGUGGAUUUGGCACCGCAGUAAGACGGAAAGCUGUGGAUGAGCUGGUGAGUGCUGGGUGGACUAUCAAUGUGCGGACCAGGAAGCAGGGAAGACGCGCUGGAAGUUAUGAUUUAUUCUACGUCUCUCCAGAUGGAGACAUCUUAAGGUCACUGGUCCAGGCGAUGAGGAUGCACAAAAAGAAGGUGGGCGAGGGUAGUGGUGAGAGGAGUGGGGACGCAUGGACGGAAGAAGGGCUACAGCGGCAAUCACAAGGUAGGAAGAAGGACAAGAAGAAGAAGAAGCCAGCGGUGAAGGAGGGGGAAAAGAAGGUAGACUUACAGAAGGUUGAGGAUAAGGAGAAAGUAGAGAGAAAGGUGGAGGGAAAGAAGCUGGACGGAAAGAAUGCAAAGGAAAAGAAAGCGGAGGGAAAGAAGGUGGUUGAGAGCGAACAUAUAAUGGAGAUUAAAGAAAAGGUGGGUGAGGAGGGGAAGGAGGGGGAGGAGGAGGAGGAGCAGGAGGAGGAGGAGGGGAUGGUUGAAGAGACGAAAGAGGAGGAGGAGAGCCGGGUGGAGAAAGUGGGGGAGGAAAUGGAAGAGAAGGGGGAGGACGAGGAGGAGGAGGAGGAGGAGGAGGAGGAGGAUGAGGAGGAGGAGGAAAAGGUGGAAGGGGGGGAAAGAGAAGAGCGGGGAAAGGGGGUGAUGGAGGGGACGGAGUGGAAGGGGAAGGAGGGGGACAAGGAGGACGAGGAGGACAACGAAGAAAACAAAGCGAAGGAGGAGGGAAAGGAGGAGGAGGAGAAGGGAGGGAGGCAGGAGGAGGAGCGGGAGGAGGAUCGGAGGAAGGAGGAACGAGAGGAAAAGGAGGAAGAGGAGGAGGAGAGGGAAAAUGAUCCUCAUCAUGAUGUGGAGAAAGGGGAGGUUGAGGGAGGGAAAGAGGGCGAUGGACGGAAGGAGGAGGAGGAAGGAAAAUGCAUGGAAGAGGUCAGGGAGGCAGAUGUAGGAGAAGGAACAGGAGAAAAAUCGAUUGCAGAGAGGUUUUCAUACAGGAGGAUCAAGAAGACAAAAGAGAGGAGGAAGGUGCGGGUACAACGGCCGGCUAAAAAGACCAUUGGGGAUGUGGAGAGAGCGGGGAGAGUGGAAUCGGACCCGGAUUCCGCUGGCGGGUUGAGAAAGGAUGAUCGAGUUGAUGUCCAGAAGAGGAGAAGUGGCAGCUGUGGCAAAGGUGACUCAGCUGCAAAGGGGAAAGGAAAGCAAGCCGUCGGUAGAAGGGUGUCGAUCAAUUCCGCACAGGAAAAAACAGAGACAAUAGAGAUUGAUGUCGACCUCCUCACUGAUGAAGCUGGUAGGGAAGAUGCGGACACAGACGGAACAGCCACGGUCAACACAGUGGAUGUUGAUGUGGAGGUAAGGAGUGUGCAAGGGAAGGAGUUCGGAAAGGAAGCCCAGACUGACCAGGCUGCUAAGGAGGAAGAGCAGCACAAGGCAGUUGAGACGCUAGAGGAACAGGUGCUACCUUUUAACUCCUCACUGAGAACUGAAGGUGGGAAGAUUGAGAUGAUGCAUGCUGCAACAUUGGAUGGAGGAGGAGAAGCAGGAGCUGCCGGGCUACUGAAGAAACCUCAAGAUGAAGUGCGGACUGGUAUGCUUGACUUACGGCAGUAUGGCAAUGAACAUGAUGACGAGCGUGUGCGAACCAUGGGUGGUGCAUGUGUUGAGGAAUCGAAAAGAAUCUGGCCCAGGGAGGGAGGCGCCGGGCCUGUCUCUGCUGAAGGUGCCAAUUUCAUUGCUCGAUCUAGUGCUGCAGGUAAUGCUAUCGCAGUUCAGAAGUGGAUGGAGCGGAAAAUCGAUGACGGUGAAGGUUUCGAGGAGGCAGGAGGGGGGCAAAUUCGUGGCAUUGCCAAACACUUCAAAGAGUGGGAGAGCAUGUGCGAUGCGGAUUUGAUGUCUCUGCAGCGCGGGGACAUGGACAUAAUUGAACAGCAGGGGACAGUGGCCGCUGUGCUUUCCAAUGCAAGUGAGGAAAGAAGGGGGGUGAAAAUUACUUCAGGUGAGGGGUGUCAGGAAGGCCUUGAUGCUAGAACCUCACAUCAUAUAGGGGGCUCAUCUGAAGCAGGAGUAGUGCGAGUCUUUGGAGGAUCAAUGGAUCUGAGGAAAUGCGUUGUUGAAAAAGUGAUGGGAGAAAGUAGAUGUAGCGGAGAUAUCCAACUUUCUCGUCCAACUGCACGCGUUGAUGGCAGCGGUCGUAAGGAAAGGGCAGAGGAAGAAUUCAGGGAGAAGGUUGGCAUGCAGGCAAGGGAGGUGGGGAGGAAGGCUGUGGCAGCUGAGAGAAAGGUUGCGGAACCAGGAAGAAGUGCGAUCAGUGGUCUAAGUAAGAAGGGUAGCGGGCAGCACGACGAGGACGGAUUGGAGAAGAGAGGUGGUGUGGAUGAGCAUUGUGGUGAAAUAAGGGGUGUAGGUGAUGUGAGUGAAGGGAUGGCAUCACCUGGGAGAGGGUCGAAAAGGAGGAGGGAAACUGGGGGGAUGAAAUCGGCAAGGAAUGGUGGGGAGGCAUGUGGGGGAAUGGAAGGGUCAGGGGAGAAGAAGGAGGGUGGAAGAGUGGGCAGCACAUUCGUGAAGCGAGGAAGGAGGCCAUCAGGGAGCGGGCUGACGAAGAAGGGAGUGGAAAAGGAUGAGGGUGGUGGGGGAGGAGGAGUCAAGAGAAAACGAGAGAGGGAGCAGGGUGGGGAAGGUGGAGGGGCUUCUGCAGGGAAGAAGGUCAAGAAGAGCAAGAAAGCAGUCGCAGAUGGUGGAGGCGGAUCGUUCAGUGCGCGUGUGGACAGGGGAGGGAGCGGGGUAAGGGGUACAAGGGCACCCUUGGAAAAGAGGCUAAGGGUGCGCUCAGCUAUGGAGAUGGUUGAAGCAGAGCAAGGCAAGUCAGCAGGAGGUCUAAGCUGUGUGGGAGGGUCGGGAGCAGCGAUGGGGGGAGGAGGAGGCGGAGGCUCUGCGGCGAAGGGAAAGGUGGGCAAUGCUUCUGGCGUCAACAGUGGGAUUAACGGUGGCGCUAGCGGGUUAGACCACAAAUCUGAGAAGAAAUCAGCCUCUCUUUUGUCAAAGCUGAUUGAUGUUGGAGUGAUCGCUGAAAACGAUGUGCUGAAGUAUGUGAACAGGAGAACCAAAGAUCCAGCCCAGUGGGGCAUAGCGAAGAGAGAGGGAAUAGAGUGUCGGUGCUGUCAGGGUGUGUUUUCAAUCGCGGAGUGGGAGAGACAUGCAGGAAGCACAGGACAUCGCCCUUGUGCAAACAUUUUCUUGAGUGAUGGCAGGUCGCUUGCCGAGGUACAGAAUGAAGCUGGGGUCUCGGAUUGCCAUGGCGACAACCUUGAGCGAGAUGAACAAGGAAAAGAGAUUGACUACAGCGAUGACCUUUGCCGUGUCUGUGGAGAUGGCGGAGAGCUGAUCUGCUGCGAUGCUUGCCCAUCCACUUUUCAUCUUCCUUGCAUUGGCUUAGAGAUAUUUUCAGAGUUGCGGGGUCUGGUGGGAAGGCAGCAGUUGCUCGAGGAUGGGUUUACGUGGACCCUUGUGCGCUGUUCGGAUGACGAAGGUUCAAGCCCAAGGGAGAGGUCUGUGCGAGAGGGUGUGGAGGAAAGGCGCCGGAGACAGUUUCAGGGAAUGUCAACGGGCGGCACUCCGGCAGAGAUCGGCAGACGACUUAAGGACGCAGUCGAGAUUAUGCAGGAGAGUUUCCACCCGAUCAAGGACACCCGCACUCGUCAAGACCUUAUUCCGCUCAUCAUGACGAAUCGCAGGACGAUGCACUGCGAUUUUGGGGGCUUCUACACUGCUGUGCUUGAGAAAGAAGGAGAGCUCAUUUCAGCGGCAUCAUUGAGAGUGUUUGGCGAACGAGCAGCGGAAAUGCCGCUUGUGGCGACAAGGUUCCAAUUUCGGAGGCAAGGCAUGUGCAGAAGACUCCUGAAUGCUCUGGAGAAUCUGCUAGCCAAUCUGCAAGUGAAGAAGCUUGUUCUUCCCGCGGUACCAGAUGUGCAGGAUACGUGGCGGGAAUCCUUCGGGUUCCAGAGCAUAGCGGACAGGGACAAACGCGAGCUGGCCGAGCUUGGCAUUAUGGUGUUCCCUGGGACCUCAACCUUGGAAAAACCAAUUAUCAGUACGCCGCUUGGUAAUGAUCACAUCGUCUCUAUACUACCAGAUACCCCGUGUGCGCCUACAAUGUCCAGGGACAGUGACACGGAGGCCUUGGCCCUUCCAGCUGCACAUACAAGUAGGACACCCUUGUUACAAGGGGGUGAAACUGGGAAAGGUGAUCAGAGGAAUCGUCCCUGCGAUGGGAGCACCCGCAUGCAAUGGCGGAAACAUCUGCUUGAUGGGAUUCAUUUCUUGGGGCCUUUGACUCGAGCUCUAGAAAGCAUGUCCGUUCCCGUGACUCCUGAGAAGGAUGGCGCAAUGGGUGGUCAACCUAAUAGGCAAGGAACUUGUACAAUGGUCUCGGGUGCCGCUGUAGAUAAUUAUGCAACAACCCAAAUGGAUAGCCUAUUCUUGCCUGACAAACACAACAGUUCAGACCCCACCGGCUUUUGUGCAAUGGACUAUUUCCGGUUUGAUCCCUCCUCCACAACUUACCUGUCACUGGGCAAGCAAAGGCCAGAAAUAUCACCUUACCACUCUGCCGAUACGGCCAGGAACCAAAGAGUGGGGAUGGUUGUCAGUGGCCCACAGACUGAAAGACGGCUGGAACUGACACCUUGGAGUUCCGCAGGUUUGUCCAGUGGCUCCACAAGACCCAACAGCUGCACCUGGCCUGACGGCUCGGAGGGUAUCAGUCCAUGGCGAGACGCAAGCGGUCUGUGCAAGGUGCGGGGCAGUCUCAAGAAAGCAGCCCGCAAGAGCAGGGGCAUGGCGCGACCCCAAACUAGCCCUGAACUUAUCGAUUGCUUCGACUCUCUCGCCGUCAUCGAGUCCCGGACCGGCGUUUCGCCUGCAGCAGGAGAUGCGUUUCCAAGCAGUCGCCAUCGAUGCGCUGAUGUGCAACCCAACAGGGCGCAUAUCGUCGGGAACGGGACCAUCUGGGGCUUUGAGGCGGGGGGCAUGGCCUUUGGGGCGCCUGUGGGUACCUGGCAACCCAGUUUACCGGGUAGAUCUGGGACCGAUGACAGGUCACGGAACCAGGCGGCUCCAUGUUCAUGGCACACAAAUGCUGCAGGUGCUGGUGGUCAUAUGUUAUCGGAGGACAAGGGCGGAAGAGAGGACCACCUGCGGCAGAUUCCUGCCCCUAGCUUCCAGAACGACAGUGUCAGAAAUGUCAGCUGCGAACGAACUCCUGAGAAUGUGAGCCGAGCUACCGGCAAGCUUCCAGUUUCCGCAACGGCGGGCACUGUGGAUGGUGUGGACAGAGCCACAUGCGCGGACCAGAAGCCGAGUGUGAGACCGGGCGGGGUCAGUCCAUUUGCUUCUCCCAUACGCAAGCUUUAUAACGAGGUCACCGAUGUGGUAUUCGGUGGACUAGUGCCUUUUGGUUCGGGAAACGUCUCUCCUGGUAUUUCCGUUCCUCCGGCCAACACGGGUGAAGUGAAUGCAAGCAUGGGCUCGGUACCGCCAAGCAACAGUGUGUGCAGAGAUGGACUGAGUAACGGGCCCGUAGCGACGGGUGCUGGACGGGGUAAUGAGCGGACCGUGGGUCUUGGGAGUGCAAAUGGUGAUAAGGUAGGAAGGAAACCGGGGUCAGGAAUGGGGAAGAGAAAGAAAGGCGCUCAGAAGGCAAAGGACGGGAACACGGGGCAGCAAAAUGGCGAUCUGGAGAUGGAGAAUGAUGCUGCAUGUGGUAGUGCUGCAGACAGAACGACAUCGUCGAAGGCAGAGCCACGGGGGCCAGGUGAUGCGAACGAAUGCAGUGCUGCCGCGCCGAAGAAACGGAGGCGGCGAGGCCGUAACAAUGCCAGCAAGGACCCUGCAGAUGACACUGGAGCUAUGUUGCCUGCAGACCAAGCUGGAGAAAAGAGGAAGAGGGGUCGAAAGCCUCGUGAGAGGGAGGAGAAUGGGGUUGUCAGGAGACGUCCAGCGAAGGGUGCCGACGGUGAAGGGGGGGCGAAACAGGGCUUUUUGACGCCUGCGCAUUUAGUUAACCGAAAGCGGACAAGCUCAGAUGCAGAAGAUGAAGAUGCGAAGGAUGGAGAGCAUGUGGUAGUUUGCACAACGCGAUCGCAUCGGCAGGUCAAGUAUUCAAAACGUUUUUUGGAUGGCAUCAAGAUCCUGACGACACGGUCGCCUUCGCCCACUACGUCGACGGACAAUUGUAGAGGUGCGGAGGAAUCAGUUGCACAAGGCGAGAGGCUGGGCGACGCGACUUCUGCGGAGCAAGGGGUGGAUACGAGUGCCAAAGUCACAGAGCCUUGGGAGGUAGAAAAGCCAGCGAAGAAGGAAGUGUGUGUACCGGUUAUUCCCACUGCAGGCGGAGGCAGUCAGCCCGUGUUUAGAGGGCUGGAGGGGGCAGCAGAGGCGGUGAUGGUGGUCCAGAAGGCCACCGUUGACGCGGUGCCAUUGCCCGACACGGCAGCGGACAAGCAGUCGGCAAUGGAGAAGGCAGCAGCAUUGCAGGAGGAGGGGACAGUGCAGAACGCGAUGGCAGUGCGGGAGGAAACUGUGUGGCAGCAGGAGAUGACACCGCAGAAAGAUCUGGCAUACCAAGGGCACUUGCGAGAGGAAGGUAGGCUGGCAGCGGAGGCGGAGUUGGCCCUGGAGUUGGCCACGGAUAAGCAUGUUGGUGUGGAGGAGAGGUUGGGAGGAGAAAAGGAGGUGGCGGGCAAGGUGGCCGAACAGGAGGCAGGGGCACAGAGGGCAGUGGCGGUGCCCGAUGACGGUACGCAUAUCGGAGAGGCAGUGGCACCUGAAGGAAUGGAGCUGGGACAGGUUCGCGUUUUGGAGAACGCACCCCCUGGGCAUGACGAGGUGAUUGCUGACAAGCCAGUUGUAUUGAGUUUACCGCAUGUAGCUUCGUCGAAGGGGGAAGGUGUUGAAGGCGGAGGUCGCGGCAAAGGUGCAAAAACACCGAAGCGCCGGGAGAAAGCUGGUCGAGGUAGGAAAGGAAAGAUGGAGGACAACGCGAUACAACCUUUGACGGUCGAACUUGGCGAAGGACGAGGGGGUCUGAUAGUAAACCUCGAGGGGUUCAACAAAGGAGGGUGGAUUAUGGACAUAUCAAAUGGGAGUAUGGACGAGAGGGGUUUGGUGGGGAACAUGCCUCGCAGGCGUGGAAGGCCGCCCAAAAUGGGUGGCAUUGGUCGAGGUAAUGGACCUAAUCCUGGGAGAGGGGCGUGCUUUAGUGAUUUACUGGGAGGUGGAGGGGGGAGGGGUUCUGGGAGAGGUAGGGGUCGUGGGCGGAGGAAAGCGCAAUUGAAUACUUCUCCCACGGGCAACCGGAACGACGAUAUUAUAAGUGGGCUUUUAGGGGAUGGACCUGGCAGGCUUGAAGGCGCUGGAGAAGAAGAUGUCCUGCGUUGGAUGGGCGUGAGAGGUACGGACAUUGAUGACGUGGCAAAGGAUGCGACCACUGACGGUGCAAUGGUGGCUAUGGCUGCGAUUGGGCCAGUCAACACAAUGGCAGGUGUUGGCUUCAGUAUGGACGACCUUCUUGCCGAAGAUGGAGACGUGUACCCACGAAUCACAGAAGAGGGCAUAGGGUCGGAAUGGGCCGUCGAUGACAUCGUCGCUCUUGUUGGCGACGACGCACAGACUACUAGAUCGACCACAGAACGAGGAGUGAACAGUGCCAGGACAGGGGGAAACCAUCCGACCGGCAAAUUUGGUGUUGAUUUGGAGCCAAGAUCACUGUUUGGGGGUGGCUGUGGGAAGCACUCGUUAGCUGAGAUGUCACAAGUCCACGACGGACUUGGCGUCUCGAUGCUUCCAAGGCUUGUAGAUGGUUGCAGCCACUUCGACCGGGGAGACGGGGUUCCCUACGGAGUCGAUUUGUUCCGGGGCAACCGAGGCAUGGACACGUUACCCGACCCCCUCAUGACGGACGUAGAUGUAUUUAUGAGAGAAGGUAUGAAUGCACGAGCUCACGACGGUUCGGGUUGGCAGCGCGAAGAAGGGGUUAUUGAUGAGGCGGGUGGAGGACGAUGCAAUCAAGUUGAUGUAGAUGCAGUUGACGGCGGUGGGAGAGGAGAUGAUUGUUGUGGAGCUUCUCUGGGAGGAGGGGUGAACGGUGACAUGGAAAGACGUGUAAAUGGUUGCAAGUUCCUUCAUCCGCCGAUGGGUAAGCUGGAGCAGCAGACGAGACCGCUGGUACGCGACUCAUCGCAGCAGAAGAUUGCUGUUGCCUCUGUAGAGGUAGGGGGUGUAAUUGCUCCAGCUGGGUCGUGGGGGGUGACCUCCAGAGGGGGKGGGGGGAAGGGGAGAGGGGAAGGAGGAGCAUGCACUUGUGCGGCACCGUGUUUCUGCAGCUGGAAACCGUGGAAUGGGCACUUUGUCCGCAGCCAGCUUCACAAGCGCAGCGUUGCUGUUAACCUGGGAACUAUUAACAUGGAAUUCUGCAGCCGGAGGCUUGGUCACAGUGCUUUGCAAGGUCUGCUUUGCUGUUAUAUCGGACCCGCGGAGUGUGGAAUUUUGCUGGAAGAGUGGCGGGGACACGAUCACCAGGCCGGUGGCGCCGGAGAUGUGUUGUGUCACUUGUGUGUCACACGGUUGGUCAUCGAAGAUGCUACUGUGCUGUGCAAGAAUCAUUGAAGACAGGGGAAGCGCAGAUGCCGUGACGCUCUCAAGUAAUUUUGUCACAUCAUGGAAAAGCUGCGAGGUGAAUUGUAGCAACAACUUUGUACGCGUUUCAUAGCUCUUUCUGUCAUUCAGCACAAAAACUCGUCUCCCCUGCUAGGCAUAGGUUGAAGGUUCAAGUCCUGUGAGCCCCUGCAGCUGUUUGUAGAGGUGUAGGGUGGCAUACCUACUCGUGACAACCUCGCCGUGAACGUGGAUCAAGUAAUGGAGGGGGGCGGGGCGGGGAGAGGAGGAAGGGGUGGUUGGAAGGAGGGAAGGGGGAGGAAUUAUGGGAACGCCGGAACGAUCAGGAGUUGCUGCCAACCGCAUUGCAGAGCGCCGAUGGACUGAAAUUGCAUACCUCCAUCCUCUUGUUUCUGUUGUAUAUCCUCAUCUCCUUAAAACCACCAGUACCUACCGCAUUUAUCGUACCCCCGGGCCUCAAAUGAAUGUGGACCGAAGGGGCAGGCCGAUUCGGCUUCCACGUUAACGGCCGCCCCAACCGGUAGGUACUGGUGGUUUAGACGACCACUACCUCCAGACGUGACCUGUCAGGCCUGACGAGGCUAGUCACCGUACCAGAUUGUGGCGGACCAGCAGCGGAAAAUCCGGGCGCAUCGUAAUCGCCACUUUGGGAAAAGCGCCCUGCUCCGAGGUAGUGGUGGUUUAAAUUCCAAGACCACACAGGCCAGCAUCUACUGGGGAGGCUGUCGAUGGACGUUGUUCACCAUCAGGAGUAACUUUCCCAAUGGCGCCGAUCGGCUUUUUUUUUGUCGGCAAUAUUAACAAGCUCCUCCAAAGGUCACCAGUGCAUAUGCUGCCUACAUUGUUAGCAACAAGGUCACCCAUGUGGGAACUGCUGACAUUUAUCGGCUAUGUUAGCAUUGUCGUCUCGCGAUGCCGGCAAUGAACGCCGGCGAUGUGA